AUGAACGAAGAAAAGGAGCUUACGGGCGCGUCGACGGCUGAGGAAGAACUCGACAUCAUUCAUCGUCAGCUUCACGUUCCGACCGUGAAUGCUUCCUUCUUCUCGUUAUUUGCCUAUGCGACUACGAGAGAUCUCGGAAUCAUUGCAGUCAGCACUCUUUGCGCACUGGCUGCAGGAGCUAUCAUUCCGCUUCCCCCUAUUAUUUUUGGCCGACUAUCGUACAUCUUUGCAGGCCUUGAAGAUGGCAGGUCAACAGAUCCCAAUUCCAGCCAUCUCAUCAGCUACUAUUCAUUGUUCUUUGUGUAUAUCGCUAUUGGGGCAUUGGUGGUUUGGUUUGUCUCAAUUGCAGGCUUCAGCUACACUGGAGCUCGUGUAGCCUCACAGGUUAAAGUGCAGUACAUGGAAUCCAUCUUACGUCAAAAUAUUGCGCUGUUUGACGAUAUUGGCACCGGGCAAAUGCUGGCUCAACUGGGUGCCGAUUUGAAUACUAUCCAGGAUGCUCUUUCCUUCAAACUCUCACUCACAUUGAGUGCCGUCGGUACAUUACUGGCAACCUACAUUGUGAGCUUUGCACUUUACUGGAAGCUCACUUUCAUCCUUAUUUGGUCCAUUUUCCUCAGUCUGGCCCUCCUAUACGCUGGUAAUCGAAUCGCCGUCCAUUACUCCACUCGGUCCAUGGAGGCCCAAGCCACCGGGAGCUCCAUUGCAGAAGAGGCCCUUGGCUCUAUUCGGAGUACUACAGCACUAGGCUUGCAACCGACCGUGGUGGACAGCUACGAUGGCUGUCUUGGCGUCUCACAGACUGCUGGCUUUACUCUCAAGGCUCUCAUGGGCACUAUGGUGGCUAUCACAGUGGGAACCGGGUACUUGAAUGUGGCCUUGGCUUUCUGGCAAGGAUCGAAGUUCUUGGUAGACAAACAGACAUCCUUCAUGGCCGUGGUCGCUAUCACGUUGAUCACCAAAAGUGCCGCCUUCUGUGUCUUGGGCGUGGGUCAGAAUGCCGAGACAUUCACAAAUGCCGCUGCUGCUUCUCGGAGACUGUUUCAAAUAAUUCGUCGUGAUUCGCCAAUUGAUUCCACCGCGUCUUCCGGGAACAAGUUGGGACGUAUAAGGGGGGACAUCGAGAUGCAUAACAUCAAGCAUGUGUAUCCGAUGCGGCCAAAUGUUGUAGUCACAGAAGACCUGAGCCUCUCAUUUCCAGCUGGAAAGACAACAGCCGUGGUUGGUCCAUCGGGAUCGGGUAAAAGCACUAUCUCCAAGCUUCUUUUGCGUUUCUAUGAGCCAUUGAAUGGUCAGAUUACCCUCGAUGGACACGAUAUCAAGAGUCUCAAUGUUCGGUGGCUACGGCAGCAACUGCGACUUGUCAAUCAAGAGCCUUCUUUGUUUGAUACCACAAUUCAAGAGAACAUCGAGUAUGGUUUUGUUGGAUCUCCAUUGGAGAGGCUACCGGCCGAGGAGAAGCAACUUCGUGUCGAACAAGCAGCUAGGAUUGCCUGCGCCCACGAUUUUAUAAUUGCGUUGCCUGAUAGAUAUCAGACAAUGACGGGCACGAAAGGGUCUAAGCUCUCAGGAGGUCAGAAGCAACGAAUUGCCAUUGCUCGAGCGCUUGUCGCGCAACCGAAGAUUCUCAUUCUAGACGAGGCUACUUCAGCUUUGGACACCAAAACAGAAGCAUCCGUUCAAGCUACGCUGAAACAAUCCAGCAAGAACCGAACUACUGUUUUGGUAGCCCAUCGCCUUUCGACCAUCCGAGAUGCUGAUAAUAUUGUUGUGUUGAAAGCCGGCAAAUUGGCGGAGCAAGGAACACACGACGAACUCAUGCACAGACGAGGCGAGUACUUCCAUCUCGUUGAAGCGCAGCAGUCUGGUGAGGACGAAGAGAAACCCAACAAUGAGCUCGAAUUAUUGGGAGUGGAUGAGAGUACUGCUAUUCUCGUUGCUGAAAAACAAGAAACCUUCACAGAAACCAAGCGAUUCGAUGUCGCCACGGAUGACUCCAACACUGACCAACACCCCUCAACUCUUGCUAUGACCCGUUUUGUCCUCAGUCUGAACGCAAAGCAAUGGAAAUGGAUCCUCAUUGGUUUGAUAAGUUCAGUCAUUGCCGGACUAGAGGAACCUGCGUCGGCCGUUCUCUUUGGCAAGGCCGUUGUUGCAAUCGCGCAACCCCUAGACCGACAGAACACCAUCCGAUCUGAUGCGGGCUUUUGGGCAUGGAUGUUCUUCUUGCUUGCCGUGGUGAUGAUGAUCGUGUUUUCCAUCCAAGGCUCCGUUUUUGCAUUCUGCUCCGAGAAGCUAGUCCGCCAGGCACGUAAAUUGGCUUUUGCCCAAAUGCUCCGACAGGAGAUGGCAUUUUUUGAUGAGAAGGGCAAUACAGCAGCUGCGCUUUCGAGUUUCUUAUCAACUGAAGCUGCAGAUCUUGCAGGUGUCAGUGGUGGUACGCUGGGAAUGAUACUCAUUGGCAUCUCGACACUCGUCUCCGCAUUGGCUGUGGGUCUUGCAUUUGGCUGGAAAUUGGCCUUGGUAUGCUCGUCUGUUAUUCCUGUGUUGAUUGCAAGUGGAUUCAUCGGGAUUUGGGCCUCAAACGAAUUUGAAAGGCUUAAUGAACAAUACACCCGCGCUUCAGCCGAGUAUGCGGGUGAAGCUAUCGGCGCCAUUCAGACGGUAGCCUUGCUCACACGCGAGAGUGAUGUAUUGGCCUCUUACGAAAAGAAAGUUGAAGCUUCCUCAGGGGAGGGAACAAAAGCUAAUCUGAAAGCCUCCCUCGUUCUGGCAUUUGGGCGAGCAGCAGUGAAUGCGUGCAUGGCGCUGGGCUUUUGGUAUGGAGGAUCGCUGAUUCUCAGCGGAGAAUAUACUCUCUUGCAAUUCGUCAUUGUCUACUCCUCCAUCAUCACAAGUGCUUAUUCCGCUGGACUAGUCUUCUCUUUCACUCCGAACAUCAGCAAGGCUAGGCGGUCUGCCGCUGGUCUCCAGGCAUUGCUGCAGCGAGAAUCCAUCAUCAAUCCUGAUUCCAGUGACGGACAAAAGUUCGAAACUCCACCAAAGGGCCAAAUUGACUUUUGUAAUGUGAGCUUCAUCUAUCCAACGAGACCAGGCCAUCUGGCACUACGAAACGUCUCGUUGUCUAUUUCCCCGGGGUCUCGAGUGGCACUGGUUGGCCACACGGGCUGUGGAAAGAGUACCAUAAUAUCGCUGAUUGAGAGAUUCUAUGACCCAAGCAGCGGUGGCAUUUUCUUCGAUGGACAGCCUAUCUCCUCGCUCUGUGUCACAGAUUACCGACGAUGUAUCGGCUUAGUGAAUCAAGAACCCACGAUGCUUCGCGGCUCUAUCAGGAUGAAUUUGACUGCAGGCCAAGGGGAUGGCAUUACAGACACCAAUAUCGAGAAUGCCUGCAAGCAAGCUAAUAUCUACGAUUUUGUUUGCUCUCUGCCAGACGGUUUUAACACUGUAGUCGGAAACAGAGGCGACCAACUCAGCGGUGGCCAACGGCAACGCCUCGCGCUUGCUCGUGCUCUAGUCAGGAAUCCAACUAUCUUGCUCCUAGAUGAGGCUACUUCAGCGGUUGAUGCACAGUCCGAGGCUCUGAUUCAGGAGGCGCUCGACCACGCAGCUCAAGGUCGAACUACCAUCACCAUUGCGCAUCGGUUAAGCACUGUGCGAAAUGCGGAUGUUAUCUAUGUUUUGGAUCAAGGGAGUAUCGUUGAACAUGGAUCCCAUGGACAGUUGAUGGAGAGAGGAGGGAAGUAUUUCGAAAUGUUUACUGCAUCGGCAGACAGCAGGUGA